GAAAAGAGAAAGCGGAAGUAUUAUUUUCAUGUCAAUCAUCACCUCUGUAAUCCAGCUCUCAUUCGAAUGAUACACGAGCCCAAGACAAAUCCAGCAUAUCCACAAGACCUCUACUCUCGUGGUACGAUUCUAUCUUACGUGUGAUAUGGCCGUGUUACGAUUGCUUUUUUUGACAGCAGCUGUUUUGCUCUAUGAAUUUUCGUGUUUUGGGGUGAACACAGGUCCAAAGCGAGCUGUGCGAUCAAUUUUCCCCGGCACGAAUUGGUGUGGUAGCGGAAAUGAUGCCAAGAACUUUGACGAUUUGGGCGAAUUCAACAAAACCGACCAAUGCUGUCGGGAGCAUGACUACUGCCCAAACUGGAUCCCUCCUUUUGAACGGAAGUUCGACUUUUUUAACUUCUCCCCGUUCACAUUACUGGACUGUAAAUGUGAGACUCGACUAUUCAACUGUUUGUGGGGCGUGGACGACGAGCAAGCGGCAAUCUUUGUGGGAAGGAUGUACUUUAAUUAUAUUAAGUUGAAGUGUUUUAAUCUGGUUGAAGUAAAAACGUGCACUAAGUCACGCUUCAGCUGGAACAAGUUCAAGAGAAUCUGCAUACAGAGCCAGUCCAAGUUGGUCGCUCGCACUGUGCCUCUGCUAAUGAGGUUUGAUAAGGCCUUCUGGUCCUCCAGUAUUAUCCACCCGAUAUCUUCAACGAACACGUCAAUACAGCACACGGUGAACUCGACCGUCCAAAGUUCUCUGAAUUAUUCCAGAUCAAACUUUUAGACUACGACCAGUCUGCCAUGCUCGUGAUUUUUCACGCCAAGCCCGUGACCAGCCCGUGUCGUAUCUGUGACCAUCCCGUGUCACGCCCGUGAUCAUCCCGUGUCGCAUCCGUGACCAUCCCUUGUCACGCCCGUGACCAUCCCGUAUCGUGGUUGUGACCAUUACGUGUCGUGUUCGUGAACAUCCCGUGUCACGCCCGUGACCAUUCCGUGUCAUGUUCGUGACCAUCCCGUGUCAUGUUCGUGACCAUCCCGUGUCACGCCCGUGACCAUUCCGUGACGUGUUCGUGACCUUCCUGUGUCGUGUUCGUGACCAUCCUAUGUCAUGUUCGUGACCAUCCCGUGUCGUGUUCGUGACCAUCCCGUGUCGUGCUCGUGACCAUCCCGUGUCGUGUUCGUGACCAACCUGUGUCGUGUUCGUGACCAUCCCGUGUCGUGUUCGUGACCAUCCCGUGUCACUCCCGUGACCAUUCUGUGUCGUGCUCGUGACCAUUCCGUGUCACUCCCGUGUCACGCCCGUGACCAUUCCGUGACACUCCCGUGUUACGCCCGUGACCAUUCCGUGUCGUGACCAUCCCGUGUCACGCCCGUGACCAUCUAGCCUGCUAAAAGACUCGAAAAGCGCCCUAGAAAAGCUCCCGGAAAAGCCGUUCUAUUGGACGUAGCGCUCAGAGGAUCGGCUCCGAAAUCUGCCCGCUAUCUACUUGUCGUUCCUGUUAGAAAAUGUGCAUGUGUUCCAGCUCUCUGCUGAAAUCUAUUGUAAGGAAUCAAAACAAAAACAUCGAAGAAAAGCCCCUGGCAUCUGAGGUGAUAGUUUUAAAAUAAAAAACUGAACUGAAGAUUAGGAGCCAGCGGCACCUCCCUUUACCGAUGUACAGCAUCUGGAUUUUAUCUCCUUUUGCUGUCCCUGAGACUCGAAAGUGAUGUUGUUUGCUAGGGGUAAAGGAGCUCGGUUUGACUAUGCACUCGGACAUUGUUUGCUUCACUUUUACUUAUCUUCACGCCUGACGACCUUAGCGAGAUAUGGCAUGGUAUUAUAAUCCGACAUUAUUGAUUUACAAUCAAUCAGAGAGCAAGGCUUUUUUUAUGAAAAGAGAUUAUAAUCAUGUGAGGAGACGGACCAUUAGAAAAGUGAAGGGGGAGGGGGAGUUUCAGUUGUGCUUGUCUUUUUUUUGUCUCAAAGAUGGGAAUGAAUUUUUUUUUAAUCGUUGUAUGCAUUUUAUUUCCUGUCUGGUUUGGGCUGCAUGCAUUUUUUCCCAGGCUUUUCAUCGUGUAUGAAUGUUUUUUUUUUGUUGUUGUUGUUUACCCCCCCCCCCCCCUUUUUUUUAAUUGUCCGUGGAUGGUACAGAGAGACGCGUAAAGGAAGAACGUUUUCGCAUCGUAAUAUCAAGAGGUUGAAAUAAAUUCUAAUCGAAAAUUA